GCUCAUUCAUCAGCACAUCCGCAUCGCAAUAAAAGAAAAAGCGAAGAAAAGAAGAUGGCUUCUGCGACAAAACUCUCCGUUGUUCUCUUCUUCGCUUGCUCUCUCUUCGUUCAAAGAUCACUAGCAAUGGAGUGCGGGUCAUUGCCUAAGAACGUGUGCCUGUUUGCGAUUAUGACGUCGGGUGAAGACGAGGAUCACGUUAACAGCUGCCAGAAGUUGUGCGGCGUCGACCAUCUAAUUGCCGACGGAGUGUCGCCCGAAGGUUGCUUCUCCAAGGACUUCAUCCGCGACAUGUGCUCCCCCGCUUGCUGCGACAACUGCCGCGGAGUCGUCGCUCUUUUCGCCAAGGUCGCCGAACAUCAAGGCCAACAUUUGCCUCAGUUGUGCGAGAAGCACGCUGGCCAUCCCCACGCCCACCGCGCCGUUUAUGAAGUUUCGAGCAGUGAUGACGGUGUUGCCGCUACUCCGGCUGCUGCUCCCCAGGCCGCUGAUGCUCCGAUGGCUGAUGCCCCCGCAACUGCGUUUGACGACGACUAUGCAUGAGGAAUAAAGCCAUUUAGGAUUUAUUUUGUUUAAUAUAUAUAUAUAUAUAUAUACAUUUAUCCUCA